AUGUCCGAGAGUAAUCUGGACACGGAAUCGGGCAAGACCUCCAACGAGGGCCUUCGUGCGGAAGCUGACGAAAGCCCUCGCGACGGCGACCCCUCACCUUUGCCGCCAUCGGGGGACAACGUGAUGUACGACGUGGAAAUAGACAGCGUGGAGGAUCGGUCGCUUAGCGGCGAUGAGGACGUGCAUCUAGGCGAAGACGUAGAAAACGGUGGAGGAAGCCAGAUAGAGGAAGCAGCGGAGGAACCUGAGAAUGAUGUCAUGUGCGCAAAGGAGGACGCCACGACAGAGGAAUACCCGAGGAGCCCGGACGUCACCAGUAACGGAGACCUAGACGGGAGUCCGGAGGAGGACGUCUUUGGCGAGGACUCUUCCUCCGGAGGGCUGGCAGUUACGGACCUCCGCCUCCCAUCCUCCAACUAUGCCCCCACGUCGGAAGUCGUCAUCCAAUCAGAAGCGAGCCAAAGGCAGCCGGUGAGCGGGGCGCUGGUCUUGUCUGAAGACGUCAAGAGUCCGACAAUGGAGAAACUAGAUCUGGUCAGAAAGUGGAGCAUCAACACGUAUAAAUGCACGCGGCAGAUCCUGUCGGAGAGGCUGGGUCGCGGCUCCAAGACGGUGGACCUGGACCUGGAGGCCCGGAUCGAGGUGCUGCGCGACAACAAGCGCAAGUACCAGCACCUCAUCAAGCUGGCGCAGACGCUGGCCGCCCAGCUGGCGCCCGUAUUGCGUACGCAGAAGCAGCUGGGCGACGCGUUCGCCGACCUGAGCCUCAAGACGCCCGAGCUCCACGAGGAGUUUGCGUUCAACGCCGAAACCCAAAAGCUUUUGUCAAAAAAUGGCGAGACGUUGCUGAGCGCCAUAAACUUCUUCAUCGACAGCGUCAACACUCUGGUGGACAAAACCAUCGAGGACACCAUCAUCAACAUCAAGCAAUACGAGCUCGCCAGGGUGGAGUAUGACGCGUACCGCACGGAUCUGGAGGAGCUGAACCUGGGUCCGCGCGACGCCACCACGCUGCCCAAGAUAGAGCUGGCGCAACAGCACUACCAGACGCACCGCGACAAGUACCAAAAAAUGCGCGACGAUGUCUCUGUCAAGCUCAAGUUCCUGGAGGAGAACAAGGUGAAGGUGUUGCACAAGCAGCUGAUGCUCUUCCACAACGCGGUGGCCGCCUACUACUCUGGCAACCAGCAGCAGCUGGAGCAAACUCUGCAGCAGUUCCACAUCAAGUUGAAAGCGGGCGGCGCCCAGCGGCCAUCUUGGCUGGAGGAGCACUGA